AUGAAGGUCUUCUACACCCUCCUGCUUGCAGCCCUUGCUGGCUCCGUGACUGCUUCGCCUGUAGCAAACGGUGGAUCGUACAAAGAUGUUCAAGGUCAUUAUCAUGAUUAUGAUGAUCAUCAAUGCACCAGGGUAGACCGCCAAUGCAAGAAGUGGGACUCCCGGGAGUGCAAGUGUCUUGAUAAAGAUGGACACAAUUACCGCCGGCAAACUGCAAGCAUCACCACACCGCCAGCAGCGACAGAUACCAACACGAAUGCUAACGCAAACACCAAUGCUAAUACCAAUGUUAACCAAAAUACCAAUGCUAAUACUAAUGCCAAUACCAAUACGAAUGCCAACACCAACCAAGCAACCACUGCACCUUCUUCGACUACCACGGUUCCUACAACUACCUCAACUUCUACCUCGACUUCAGCAUCAAGCCAGGCAACUAGUACCAGCACGAACAGCAACACCAAUACCAACACCAACACUAACACCAAUGUCAAUGUCAACACCAAUAACAACGUCAAUACCAAUAUCAACAAUAUUAACAAUGCUGCACCCGCUACAGGUGGCGGAUCGACUGAAGGCGGCGUUGUGAGACCUGGGACUGGGAUCACUGCAGGUGUGGAGGCCGCUUCUGUAUCAACUUCGACACCAACUGCCGUAAUUGGGACUGGGACAGUUGUUCAUGCAGAUAACGGACACAUAAGGUAG